GGCCCUCCCUCCUCCGCUCUCGGGCUUCUUAAAGGCAAGAGCCUGGAGCCAGCGCAGAGCACAGGCUAGCUACCUCGCUCUGCAUGCCAGCAGGCAGAGCCCACAGCAGCUCCGCCUGACCAACCACCGCCCUUGGGGCGCCUCUCCCCGCAGUAAUGGAGAAAACGUGUACAGACUUGUUUCCUCUGACUGUGAAUUCCUCAGAAAAGCAAGAGACUGUCUGCAUUUUUGGAACAGGGGAUUUUGGGAAAUCGUUUGGGUUGAAAAUGCUUCAGUGUGGUUAUUCUGUUGUUUUUGGGAGUCGAAACCCCCAGGGGUCCAGCCUUCUGCCCAGGGGAGCAGAGGUCCUGCACUAUUCUGAGGCAGCAUCGAAGUCGGAUGUCAUAGUCUUAGCCAUGCACAGAGAGCACUACAACUUCCUCACAGAACUAGUUGAUUCUCUCCGUGGAAAAGUAUUGGUAGAUGUCAGUAACAACCACAAAAUCAAUCAGUAUCCAGAAUCAAAUGCUGAGUACCUUGCUCGGUUGGUGCCAGGAGCCCAUGUGGUCAAAGCGUUUAACACCAUCUCAGCCUGGGCUCUCCAGUCAGGAACACUAGACGCAAGUCGUCAGGUGUUUGUCUGUGGAAAUGAUAGCAAAGCCAAGCAGAGAGUGAUGGACAUUGCUCGCACCCUUGGACUCACCGCCAUGGACCAAGGAUCUCUCAUGGCAGCCAGUGAAAUUGAAAACUACCCUCUGCAACUGUUUCCAAUGUGGAGGCUCCCUUUCUACCUGUCCUGUGUGCUGUGUGUCUUCUUCUUUGUGUACUGUGCUAUACGAGAAGUGAUCUACCCCUACGUGAAUGGAAAAUCGGAUACUACGUUUCGCCUGGCUGUUUCCAUUCCAAACCGUGUCUUUCCUAUAACAGCACUUACCCUGCUUGCCUUGGUGUACCUCCCUGGAGUCCUUGCUGCCAUUCUGCAGCUCUACAGAGGCACAAAGUACCGCCGGUUCCCCAAAUGGCUUGACCACUGGAUGCUUUGCAGAAAGCAGCUGGGCUUGGUAGCUCUGGGGUUUGCCUUCCUUCACGUCAUCUACACUCUUGUGAUUCCUAUCCGUUACUAUGUGCGGUGGAGACUGAAAAACCUCACUGUUACCCAGACCCUGGCUAAUAAAGACAACCCAUUUAGUACCUCCUCGGCCUGGCUUAGUGAUUCCUACUUGGCGCUGGGAAUCCUGGGCUUUUUUCUGUUUCUUCUCUUGGGAAUCACUUCCUUGCCAUCAGUAAGCAACGCAGUCAACUGGAGAGAGUUCCGCUUUGUCCAGUCCAAACUGGGUUAUCUGACCCUGGUCUUGUGCACAGCCCACACUUUGGUGUAUGGUGGAAAGAAGUUCCUCAGCCCUUCGAUUCUAAGGUGGAGCCUUCCUUCGGCCUAUGUUUUAGCACUCAUCAUCCCCUGCACAGUAUUGGUGAUGAAGUUCAUCCUUAUCAUGCCAUGCAUAGACAAGACCCUCACUCGCAUCCGCCAGGGCUGGGAAAGGAACUCAAAAUAUCCCAAACCAGCACUGAACGGAAAAUCAGAUAUCUAAGACAAAGUUGGAUUCCCUGGAAUUUCUGAAUUGUACUAAAUGUUUAAGAAAUAGUGUGUCCGGUUAAGAAAGCAUUCUCCCUCAUGGUGGUCACAACUCUAUCAUCACAGUAGAAAUGUUGCCUGACCUUGAAACACUAAAAUAGGAAGGGAGCACGAAUUUCCUCACCUCACGUGAGAACUCACGGCAGGCCUCCCUCAUUUCUUUCCCCAGAAGCUCUGGGGAUGCCACUGUGAUUGUUAGAGUGUCACACUAUGAAACUUCUUGGGCAACAUGCAUGAUAUAAUGUUUUGCAAAGUUCCGGAAGAGUAUAUGCAACUUCCUUCUCUAAUUCAAGGGCUGACCUAAGUGGAAAAAAACA